UUUUGAAUGUCAAGAGUUGCGUUUACUUGAUGUAAACAUGAAUCACGCAAGAUAGCCGAUUGUUUAUUGGUCCUUGUAAACCUUCACUGUCUCGAAUCGAUGAUAUUUCAAAGAACCAAUUUCAUAUGCAUUAUUUUCUGUAUCGUCUAGAGUAAAAGACACGAUUCUCAAUAAAUAUAAUAGUUAAUUUUUUUAAUAUGCAUUAUCAGUUUUAUAAUGAUGAAGAGGAAUUUGAACCGAGAGUUGUACCAAAACCAAUUGCUAAACGAGAUCUCUUUAUAGUGCCGACUGUACCAGAGGUAUCUUUGAUUUUUGAAAAAUCUGCAAUACACAAUUCAAUUAAUGAAAGUACUGCAAAGUCGCCAACAAAAUUAACAAGCUCAGUACAAAUAUCUAAUGAUGUUGUGAAAGUCAUAAAUCCUAUGUCGCCUAUUUCACAUAAUCCUAACAAUCCUAACUCUUAUGCAGCAUGGAAAAAGGAAAAUUAUUCAAGGGACAUUAGUACUUCAAGUACAACAUGUGUUUUACCAUUAUGUAGAAAUAGUUAUCAUGCAUUGCCAUUGGGCUUACAAAAUAGUUCUGCACAAAAGCAGCAAGAACAGGAUAAAAUUAACGAUAAACAAGAAAAACAAAGAACACAUGAAUAUACAACAAAAGUCAAUGAUACAAUCUAUGAGAAAAGUGUAAAAUUUAAAUGUUCUAAUACAGAAGAUUUCUAUGAUCUUACUGAUCAGAACCAUGUAUCAUCUUCAGACAAAAAACAAUCAUCUUCUCAUACAUCUUCUCUACAAAGAACAACACUCGGCAUAACUAAACAUACAGAAACAUCUAGUGAUAUCAUUCCGUCAGAUACUUUAAAGAAACUUGAACAUUUUCAGACACCGUAUGAAUAUCAACAAUCUCAUGCACUUAGUUAUCCAAAUUGCAAUGUUGAUAAUAAUGAAACAGUAAAAACCUUGUUACAGCUUGUAAAUAGUCAAAAUGAGCAGAUAAAAAAUUUACAACUCCAGGUAGACAGAUUAGUAAGAAUGCAAGAAGAAAAUUUUAAAAAUAAAUCGUCCUGUUUGUGUUCGCAAUCUCUUACAAAUCAAGUAUUGAGAUAUCCAAUAAAUUGUUAUGAUACUGCCCUUUCUUCUACUCUCACACAAUCUCACAAUCAAGGCAUAAACAAAAAUAUAAUUUCACAAAAUACAUCUGUUAUAGAAAAGAAAGAUCUUGAAAAUCUUAGUGAAAAUAAUAAAUCAGAAAUCGCAUUAGAACAGCAAUCAAAAAAGACUUUUAUGGAGCAGAAAGUUUCAAUUGGUGUUAUGACAAGUUUUGAAUUUACUGUACAAAAUAGUCCAUUUUUUAUGGAUUCUGAAAUAUAUGAGAAAAAGGAAACUCACAAAGAAAGUAGCAAUAUUAAUACUAGAAAUACAAAUAUACAUGAUACAGCAGAACCCAUUAAUAGAUACAAAAAUACAUUUACGCGGAAACCUGCUGGAGCUGCACAAUUAGAGAAUAUAGUUGAAGAUUCAGAAAGUUAUUUAUCCUCUAGUCAACAGCAAAGUAGUAAUUUAAAUGCUAAUUCUUCUAUGAAAGAAUUUUUGAAAAUGUAUCAACAUCUUGCUGCCGAUUUAAGUAGGGAAGAAAUGCACAAGGAAAUAUAUAUAGGAAAAGAUAGUAACAUGAAUAAACAUAUGCAGAAUGCGAGGAAAAUAUCAAAUGCAUCUAUGAAUGUAGAUCAUAGUUCUACUAGAGAUGCAAAUUAUAAUAAAGCCCUUGAACAAACAAACGAUUAUCGUAUAAUAAAUAAUGGAGAAAGGAACAUAGAUGAAACAAACAUUGAUAAACAUCCCACGUGUAACAUCCAUUUACCAGUGACAGAUUAUUAUAACCAUAAGAAUAAGGAAUAUGACACUAACAUUAAACGAAUUAAAGAUAUAGGUGAUAGUAUGAUACUGAGUGGAGGUGAUCUUAAAGUAUUUGAGAGACCUCCACCAACUCCAGAACCAAGUAUUCACGUCGAGAUGCAAGAAUAUAUGAGUGAUGAUGAAAGUGAUAAAUUGAAACAUACUUCGAAAAUAGGAUGGACAUUCUAUAACAAUGUUCUAGGACAAGUUAACGAAAUUUUACAAAAUUCUGGUGUUAUAGAUGAUAAAGAUUUAAACGAUGCUAAAACAAUAUGCAAUAUUGAACAAGAAAAUGAUGUGGAAACUAGAACAGUUUUAAACCCUGUUAAAGCAGCCACUUUGGAACAACUUCAGAAGCUUGGGAUUAGUCUAACUGAGAACAACGAACAUAAGGAGUCCAAUAGCAACAAGACAUUGGACUUUGAUUCAUCUUAUUAUCCUCGUUUGGAUUGUCAGGCGAAUAUGAUACAUUCUACUAGCGUUGUAAACGAAACAAAUACGAGUAUGCACAUGAAAGCGUUGGCUUUAAAAUAUUUAAGUGACGAGCAACUAGCCGACAUAGCAUUGCAUAAACAAGAAUCAUCAUCAUUGAAACAUUUUAUGCUUAGCAAUAUGCAAGGGACGGAUAUGUCGUUUGCUACAAUGCGUUAUUUAGAAAGAUAUCAACUUCUUCCAGGAAAGAAUAAUCAAAUAGAAGGUGUUAAUCAAAUACAUGAUCAAGUGUCAUCUAAACAUGAUUUUAAAUUGGCAAUGAUAAAAAAUAAUCCUGCAUUACGUCGAUGCCCUUUUGUACAAACAUCUGAGACUACUUGUCCCAGUAGAAUAUUAGAACUUUCAACUUUAAAGCGACAACCCAAAUUAUUAUAA